AUGUUUGUCGAGUUGGCAUUAACAUCGUCCUCGGAUGCCGCCGACGGCACCACAUACCUCUGGAACCUCCACACCGGGUCCAUGCUCGGCUCAUUCAAGCAGAACGUCACUCCCUUGCAGUCCCUCGCCCUCGUCAACAACCACCGCAACCUCGGCAGUAUCUUCUUGAGCUCUCAGGCAGAGAAGGGCAUGAUGCAUGUCUACAACUUCCAGAAGGACCAAGUGUUUUUGAAGUUCCCUCUCCCCGACAAGAUCGUCUGCCUGGCCACAUCGAACAGGGGAACCUAUUGCGCAGGAGGAACUGAGAGCGGCAGGAUUCAUGUCUGGGAGAUCGCGACAGGAGUUCUCCACCGUACAUUCGACGCUCACUACAAAAAGAUCACAGUCCUUCGAUUCUCGGCAGACGACACUGUGCUUUUCUCAGGAAGCGAGGAUGCCUCUGUUCACGUCUGGAUGCUCAAUGCGCUCUUGGACGACGGACAGACCGAGUCGCCCGCCCCACAUUACUCCUGGACCGACCACACCCUGCCCAUCACAGAUAUCCAAUGCGGCGUUGGCCGGUUCCACGGCAGUCGCGUCGUCACUUCUUCUAUGGAUCAUACCUGCAAACUCUGGGAUCUUUCAACAGGAUCGCUCUUGACGACCUUCUUGUUUCCAACAAAGAUCACAGCCUUGGCUUUGGACCCUUCUGAACGGUACUUCUUGGCUGCUUCUGGAACACCGGCUUCGACAUCGUCUACGGCGAACGAGGCUGAUUACUUGAUUUACCAGGCGCUGUUGUACAAGGCUAAGCAUACUCAGCAGGGAUACACGACUAUGGAGGCUGUUGAUGGUGAUUCUGGCUUGGAGCAGAUUGGGUUGGGUGGUGCCAAGAGACAUGGAAGCGGUGGUGAUCUGGUUUUCAGGGGACAUCAUCAUCCUAUCCAGAGGAUGGCUCUCAACUUUGAUGGUUCAGCGUUGGUCAGUGGAGAUAACAAGGGCCACUUGAUGGUCUGGGAUGUUGCCAGUAGACAAAUGGUCCGUGAGAUCAAGCAGCACAAGGGCGCGAUCUCGUCGAUCCACACGUUGUUCCAGCCUGCCGACCUCUACUCCAACACCACCUUGGCAGACAAGCCCAAGGUGCACUCGAUCACACCGUUCAAGCGCAUCCCACAGGCACGAAUUGGCGAAGGCGGACCCGAAAUCAACGGCAACAACACCAUCGCCGAUGAUCCUCUGAUCCUGAUCCCCUCAACCGUCUCUUCGACCUACUCAUCUUCAUUAUCGUCCGCAACCUUGUUGGCGCCUUCAUCGCAGGAGCAGCAAUUGCUCGAGAUGGCUCGUCGCGCAUUUGUGGGCGCUCGCUCAGGAUCUGUCGCUGCCGGAUCUGCAGCAUCACCGGCAUCUUCGACUUCUACAGUCGCGUAUCAGGACUUGGAGCAAAAGUAUCGGGAACUUGAGGCGCGUCUUGCAGCCUUGACGCCGGCACCUGCUGUCCAGCCUGUGGUAUCACAAUCUGACAUCAGUGCUGCUUUGAGUGGGUUGAGGAGCUCUGGCACCAAGAGGCGAAAGGCAUAG